AGUGCUGUUUUUGUAUAAUUUGUAGGUUAAAGUUAAAGUGAUUGUAAACAAUUUUUAUUUAUUUAUUGGUACGUUCCAAGCACCUUUAACAAAAUGAAAAUUAAAAAGCAACAACGUCGGAAAAAGUAUCUUCAUAAACUAAAUCGGAAGAGAAUGAAUAAAAAUCAAAAAAGUACUGGGACUGUUGUAUGCAAAGUUAUGAAAGAUAAUUGGGAUCAUAAAAAAACUACACUACGGAACCUAAAGGAAAUGGGCUUAGCUAAUGAUCCUAAUAAGGUUAUAAAAAUUCCUAAUUUCAAGCAAGAGCAAUUAAAAAAGGCCAUCAAAUUAGUGAAAAAUUAUAAUUCCGAAUCUGAGCAAGAAGAAAAUGUUUAUAAGCCUCCUAAAAUAGAUGUUUUGGAGAAAUUGGAAAAGGAAGCAAAAGCACCUAGAGAACGAAGAUUUAUGUUACCGAAGGGACAGGUAGAGUUUAUUACAUACCUGAUGGACAAAUAUGGACAUGAUUACAAAGCUAUGUCUAGAGAUAAAAAAAAUUAUUACCAAGAAACAUGGAAACAAUUGAGAGCAAAAAUAAAAACUUUUAUGGGAAUCCCAAAACAGUAUGGGGAGUAUUUGAAAUCCAGAGGAUUAAUAGACAAAGAUAAUGACAAUGAGUUGAAGAAAGAAGCACAAUCUUUAGUAAUGGAUGAUAGUGAUUGAAUAUUUGCAAUAAUAAUACCAGUACACACAACAUUUUGAUAUAACAAUUUAUUAUCGUUUGGUUCCUAAUAUUUCUGGACAUACAUUCAUUAUGGACAUCAUGACCUCUGUUUCAUAAUUGUACCAAACAUAAAUACACUAUUAAAUCUCAAAUUAAACAACUU